UUCUACACACGCCAGGACAGACUGGAGGACUAUGACUGAAGGAGCCAUCUCCUAAUUCACAGUGAUACAGCUGGGAAGAUAAAACAUUUGUGACCUGUCACAUCCUACACAUCCUCCAGAGCAAUGAGGACUAGCUCGCUGGCCGUUGUAUGGCUCUGUCUCGGCCUGUCCCUGGACGCUUUGUGUCUGCAUGGACGGAGGACAGAGACAGCAGAUGGAGAGGGGACUGAAGCCAGCAUCAGAGGAGAGAAGCUGCUCAAGAGAGUGAGACGAGGCUGGAUGUGGAACCAGUUUUUCCUGCAGGAGGAGUACACAGGCAGCGACUACCAGUACAUCGGCAAACUCCAGUCGGACCAGGACCACGGAAAUGGGUUGGUAAAGUACAUCCUGUCGGGCGAGGGGGCGGGCACUAUAUUUGUCAUUGAUGAGAACAACGGGGACCUACACGCCACACACCGCCUGGAUCGCGAGGAGAAGGGUUUCUACAUCCUCAGAGCCACCGUGGUGAACAAACGGACCGGACUGAAGCUGGAGCCGGAGACCGAGUUCACCGUCAAACUGCACGACAUCAACGACAACGAGCCUCACUUCAGCAAGGAGCUUUACACCGGCAGUGUGCCGGAAAGGUCCGAUAUCGGGACAUCAGUCAUCCAGGUGACAGCUACAGAUGCUGAUGACAGUAUGUAUGGGAGCAGCGCCAGGCUGGUGUACAGCAUCAGCCAGGGACACCCCUACUUCUCUGUGGACCCUACCACAGGUGUGAUCCGGACGGCGCUGGGUCCUGGUGACAUGGACCGCGAGCAGAGGGAGCAUUAUCAGGUGGUGAUCGAGGCUAAGGACAUGGCCGGACAGAGGGGGGGUCUCACUGGGACCACCGCGGUUAACAUCACCCUCACUGAUGUCAAUGACAACCCUCCCCGCUUCAUUCAGAGUAUUUACCAGUUCAGAGUUGCUGAGUCGGCCAAGUCCGGUACUUCAGUCGGGAGAAUCGUAGCCACCGACAGAGACAUCGGGAAGAACGCUGAGAUGUUUUUCACCAUCGUCAGCGGGGACGGCAUGGACAUGUUCGACAUCGCCACCGACAAGGACACCCAGGACGGGGUCAUCAGCGUCGGCAAGCCUCUGCAGCCUCUGGACUUCGAGAAGAAGCCGUCCUACACUGUGGAGAUCCAGGUCCAGAACACGCAGGUGGACCCCCGCUUCAUGUCGGCGGGCUCCAAAGACAUGGCCACGGUCCGGAUCGGCGUGGAAGACGUGGACGAGCCGCCGCUGUUCUACAAAGCCAGCUACCUGAUGGAGGUGAAGGAGGAUGCUGCGGUGGGCGUGGCCGUGGGCUCCGUCAGCGCCAUGGACCCCGACGGAGCGCGCAGCAUGGUCAAGUACUCCAUCGACCGGCGCACUGACAUGGACCGCCUGUUCAACGUCCACCCAGGGAACGGCUCUGUGUUCCUGCUCAGAACCCUGGACCGGGAGGAGAGCGCCUGGCACAACAUCUCCGUCACCGCCACGGAGUUCAAUAACCCUCGUCAGAGCAGCCAUGUUCCCGUCUACAUCCGACUGCUGGACAUCAACGACAACGCCCCCACCUUCGCCACCAUUUACGAAACCUUCGUCUGUGAGAGGACCAAGGCUGGCCAGCGGAUCCAGACAGUGAGUGCUGUGGAUGCAGAUGAACCGUCGACGGGACACAAGUUUUUCUUCAGUCUGGCUCCUGAGGGGACGCACCGUAGCAACUUCACCGUCCGAGACAACGGAGACAACACUGCUGGCAUCCUGACACGUAGAGCCAGCUACAGCCGCCUCCACCAGAGUGUCUACCUGGUCCCCGUGGUGAUCACAGACGGCGACUACCCCAUGCAGAGCAGCACCGGCACCCUCACGGUGAGGGUGUGCACCUGCGACCGUGAAGGCAACAUGGAGCUGUGUAACGCCGAGGCCCUGAGCAGCUCCCCGGGCCUCAGCACCGGAGCGCUCAUCGCCAUCCUCCUGUGCGCCAUCAUACUGCUGAUGAUCGUGGUUCUGUUCACAGCGUUGAAGCGCCAAAGAAAGCAGGAGCCCCUCAUCAUCUCCAAGGAGGACGUCCGGGACAACGUGGUGAGCUACAACGACGAGGGCGGCGGCGAGGAGGACACGCAGGCCUUCGACAUCGGAGCGCUGCGACACCCGGACGCAGCCGCCGCCUUAGAGGAGUCGGCCAAACAGCGGCGGGACAUCAUCCCCACCGAUACCCUGCUUUACCCGCCUCACCGCCGCCCCGCCCCCGCCACAUCCGGCCUCAUCAUGCCGCCGGUCAGCAUGGCGUCACGGGACAACGGGGACGUUUGCGAGUUCAUCAAUCAGAGGGUAAUGGAGAACGACUGUAACCCCACAGCACCGCCCUACGAUUCGCUGGCCACCUACGCCUACGAGGGGGCGGGCUCUGUGGCAGAGUCCCUGAGCUCACUGGGCUCAGCGUCCUCUGAGGGGGAGCAGGACUACCACUACCUGAGUGACUGGGGGCCCCGGUUCAGGAAACUAGCUGACCUCUACGGGGCCGACGACAGUGACUUCUCAUAACUAACACACCACAAACACACACUCCCUUCCCUGCUUCAGGAGAGAUUUUGACCGAUAAGGGGCGAGGAGAGCAACGUCUUACUGCCACAAACUCAAUAUUAGAGAUCAUGAACAUUAUUAAUGAGCUUUAAGGAAAUCUGAGAACUUUUAAAACAUACAAUGGACACAAUCCACAUGGUGAAGGAACAGAUGUGCUGGCAUAUGUUAAUUAAUGGGAUAUCGAAUAAUGCCACUGGAUCCUUACCUAUUUUACCUGCUCAUGGAUCUAAAAAUGGAGCUAACCAAGUCAACAGGGAACUAAAGUCCUAUAUCUGAUUUUAGAGAGGUGGACUAAUGGAUAAAGAAAUGUAAAUUAAACAGUGGAGAAUCAAAAUUGGACUGUAUUUUGUAUAUAAUUGAACUUAAAAUACUUUCAGGCUCCUGAGUGUUUAUUGUGGUGAACAAGGGAAAAUAGAUUGAGGAAAGUGUUGGUAACCAGGUCAGUGAACAUAACCCCCGUGUAGUUAUUUCAGGACGGACCACACACACUUACCUCUACGGGUAUGAAGUGAAAAGUGUGUGGAAGACAAGUUAGGGUAAUUUAGGUGUUUUUUCUUUUUUUUGACUAAGUGCCCUUCUGCUGCCCUUCAGGCUGGGUGCCUGCAGGUUGGCUGAGACUGAAGGGGUCUAAUGACUCUUGAUGAUUGCUUUCUUUAUUUUUUACUGUCUUGUAAAAAAGGACCAUUCCAGAGGAGCCAUUGUGAAGGAUCCUCGCUUGAAAAUCGCCUUCUUCGGGACACAGAGUAAAAAGAGGACAACUCAUAUGACUCAAUGCACUGAUUUUCUUUUGAUUGAUUUUCUUUGUGUGCCGCACACAUGAAGAAGGUAAAUGUACCUGGCAUAAUCUCUAGAUUUUCUCGAGUAAGUGUUCAGUUUGUCAGAAAUGUGGUUGAACUGUACUAAGUUCUAUACAUAUACUUUUUUUUCUAUAACGGAAUGACAUUUCAGAUAGCUACAGAAAGUCUGUUGAUCAAUCUUAAAAAAUAUAUAUUUUCAUUAAGAACUUGUUUAAUAUUGACAGGAAGGACUUGGGGAAUCACUGCCUACACAGUAGAGCUGUCACUAUCAUAUUGAGAAUACUUUUUGAGUCUAAGGCCUGCAGUAUUACUGUUAUGAUUGAGUCUCAAAGCUCUCAUUGACCUUAUGUGGAGCUUUUUGCUGCCGAAGAGAGCAACAUUUAUUCAGGAGUUGGUGGAGACCAGACAUCAAUUAAAGAAAAGAGAAUAUUCAUUCAUAUGCAUCAGGUUGACACAAACACACACUAACAAUUCAAAUGAAAACUAAGAUGCUUUCUAUCUGCGACACUCAAUCUGUUAGCUAACGCAGCUAGCUAAUGCUUUAGAAGGAAUCCAAGAGGUGACCAAGAGAUUAAUAUUUCAAAUGCAUGUUGAAACUACCUUCCAGCUCCUUUAAAGCUCUGAUAACUCCUAAUUACCAACAAAGCAAUAAAUGAAGGUCUCACACAGACAAUACUGUAGGUAACUUACAAAAUGUGCUAAGCAGAUAAUCAUGAAACCAACUCUUGUGAUAGGUAACGUGCUCAAGCAGGUUUGAUGGAACUGCCUUACACUUACAUUAUCGAGACAUACAACUAAUCCUCUAUGGGUUGAUUCAAAGUCAUUUGAACAAAUGGACAAAGUGACAGCUCUACUUCACAGUCAGCAUUGCAGCUUGAAUGUCCUACAAUGACUGGUCACCUUAUUUUCAACUCUAUAUUAUGUCCUGCUUCUACCUGCUUUCUCCAAUGUUUUCACUCGCUGUGUCUGAGAAAGAAAAAAAUAACAACUGCUUUGCUCAUGUACUGAUUUAUUUGCUCAGUUGUAUUCAGAACACCCUUGUGUCUGGCUUUGACACAUGAAGUGUUGUUGUUUAAUGUUGUAAUAAAUGACACUAGAAGGCUGCACAUUCAGCAUUUGCAUUGAUGUCAAAGUACCACUGAAGCCAAAAGGUCAAAAUCUCAACAUUCCACCUCGGUGCUGUGCUAAAAUAACAUAUUUCAAUCAAGGGGUGACCGUAUGAAGUCAGGAUCAUGUACUGAUUCUGACUUGUUGCUAUCCUGAGUUGAUUUCAGGAGUGUGUAUCGUGUGUUUUGGCGGUUCCAGUAAAAUCAUCAGUUUGUUCCAGUUGUGUUUUGUGACUGUGGUCUGCUUUAAAGACUUAAAACAAAAGUGUCCACAUUUAUAUUUCUUUAUGUCGUAAUUCAUUCUUUUUGUACCAAAUAUGUAUAGGACACCAUGAUGAUAAUCUUGGAGGGGAAAAAAUCUAUAUGUCAGCUUCACUGUUUUUUAAUGUCAUUUUGGAGGUGUGAAACUCGCUGUGACAGUCUACCGUCCGUAUAUGAUGUAUUACCAGGUUGUUUAAUUUGAUCAAAAUAAAGUUUUACAGUGAAACAAACAGCAGCGAGAAA